GAAGAACGCGAGCACGACGAAAAUGUAGACCAUGUCCGCAAGAAUCCUGGCAAUGUCAAGAUACAGCACCAGGCACCUCCUUUAUUUCGGCACACAGCUUUUCGGACGUCUCUCGAGCGUGCCGGCGGAGAAGAAGCUGCCCCAGCAGCCAAAUCGAGGGAUGGCAAAAAGAACGCCGCGGCGACGAGCGCUUCUACAGGGG